AAGGGAAGUAUAAAAACCUUUUUGUUUUGUUGUUGUAGGUUGCAAGAUAACAGACAGUUUAGAGGUAGGGAUAGCAGACGGGGGUGGCCAAGUGACAAUCGAUCCAAUCAGUGGCAUGGACGAUCCUGGGGUAACAAUUACCCGCAGCACAGACAAGAACCUUACUACCCCCACCAGUACGGACACUAUGGUUACAACCAACGGCCUCCCUAUGGUUACUACUGAUGGAAACGUCAGCAGCUUUUAGUAAAACCAUUUCCUCUGUUAACAUGACAAAAGUUUGUGUGUAUCUUCUGUUGGUCAUAAUCUUACAUCUGAUUUCAGAGAGUGGAUUAUUAACUUUUUGGAACUAGUGACUUUUUUUAAAAAAAUGAGAUCUUACUAGAGAUGUGACGGUUCAGUAAGCCCCUAAAAAUUUGUGGAUUAUAUGCCUGACUUCUACCUCAGAUUCUGUUUUGUUUUAUGACUUAAUAGUGCUUUGAACUUGGUGUCUGUUUUCCCUGUUUGACCUCCAGGAGUUCUGUCUUUGGUUUACACAGAAAUAAAAAUUUUGAAGUAGAAAA